UAGGGGGAGGAGUUCCCAUGAAGCAAAGCCCAUUGUGACUGUUAUAUUUCUCAGGAUACCUGAGCCUCAUCUUGUCUCCUGAUGGUGUGUGUCUUGCUCCCCAAGGGCAUCUGGACAGAAGUUCUGGCUGUGACCCUGUUGGUGCUGAAUCCCCAGGUGGCUGCAGACAGACACAGCCCAAAGCACUUCACAAAACAGUCAAAGUGCGAGUGUUACUUUGUGAAUGGGACGGAGCAUGUGCAGUAUGUGGAGAGACACAUGUACAACCAGAAGGAAUAUGUGCGCUUUGACAGCAAGGUGGGGAAAUAUGCUGCAGUGAUGGAGCUGGGCCGACCAGAGGCUGAAUACUGGAACAACCAUAAGGAGAUUCUAGAUGACUUACGGGCCCGGGUGGACACUUUGUGCAGACACAACUACCAGAUUUUUGAGCCCUUCUUGUUGUCCAGGAGUGUUGAGCCUGAAGUGAUUGUGUAUCCAUCAAAGAUGGCUCCCCUGGGACACCACAACCUGCUUGUCUGCUCUGUCAGCGGUUUCUACCCCGGGGACAUCGAGGUCCGGUGGUUCCUGAAUGGGCGGGAGGAGACAGCCGGGGUGGUGUCCACAGGCUUAAUCAGCAAUGGGGACUGGACCUACCAGUUACAGGUGAUGCUGGAAAUGAUCCCCAAGAGGGGAGAUAUCUACACCUGCCAAGUGGAGCACAGCAGCCUUCAGAGACCCGUCCUCUUGGACUGGAAAGCCCAGUCUGAAUCUGCCCAGAGAAAGAUGCUGAGUGGAGUUGGGGGCAUCGUUCUGGGUUUGAUCUUCUUUGGAGUUGGUCUCAUUGUCCACAAGAGAAGUCGGAAAGGAAAUCAGAUUCACAACCAUCGGGUAAGAAGAUCUUUCUAUCAGGUGGGAUCUGGAUUCUCAUAGGGCUCCUGAGCUGAUCCCUGAAGCUGUGUCCCUUGGAGUUGUUGCCUUCCCUGUCAGCCUCCCUCUAACAUUUGAAAACUCCUUAUUUGUUUGUAGAUCUCCAGGAGCUUCCCUGGAAUAGCUUCUUGCCUGUACCUGUAUUUGGACUCUUUCGCCCUUCCCCAAUGACCCCCUCCACCCAUUUUUCCUUCUCUACCAGCGUUUGUUUUUUUUUUUCCCAUUUUUGUUGCAUGAGCCUUCAUCCCAAUAAUUAGAAGACUGAGGAUUGACUGGUGCUUAUUUACAUGGAGGCAAAGUGUGGGGAAAAGAAGGAGGAAACUUUUAACAUUUGGGAUGUGGAGAAUCUGUCAAAAUGUGAAAUGUCUCCAGAGAUGAAGAUUACCACCAUUCUUACCUUUUCAUUCUAUGUUUCUUUUGUUCAUUUUUGACAUUACAUCAAUACCAAUGGCUCUACCAGGCAUCUGCUCAGAAAUCUUUAGCUUUCCCUGUGUGCUUGGUUCAUCUCAUUCUGAUCAUACAUCUCUCUGAUUACUUUUCUUCUGUCACUUCUGUUCAGUUCUUUUAUGAUCUGCUGCAGCCUCUGAUUGCCUAUCAUGUCCCUCUCCGUUGUAAUUUUCUUUUUUUUUUUUUGCUGAGGCAGUUGGGGUUAAGUGACUUGCCCAGGGUCACACAGCCAGGAAGUAUUAAGUGUAUGAAGCCAGAUUUGAACUCAGGUGCUCCUGGACUUCAUGCCUGGUGCUCUAUCCACUACACCAACUAGUCGCCCCUCUAUCGUAAUUUUAACAAAUUAAAGUUUUAGUAAUAUCUUUUGUGUUUAUGUUAUUUUCGUUACUUAAUAUAUACCCUAUUUCCACUGGCCUUCCCUCAUAAAAAUUUUACUCAAGAGUUCCAUAAUAAUCAUGACUUUAAUCACACAUAUCCAACAGUAUAUUCAAUAAUACAUACCCAUAGUGUUUCCACUUCUUUCAUGAAAUUGUUACUUUCUCUUCUCUGUGACCAAGCUUGGGAACUAUAAUUACAUAACCUCUAGCAUCAUUCCCCCAACUCUUCAUUUUGUAGUUUGGGAUGUGUUUCUUUCCUGGUUCUGUUUACAAUUCUGUAUCAGUUCAUGUAAGUCUUUCCAUAUUUCUCUGAAUUUCUUAUCUUUUUUUUUUCUUCUGUUGCAACAUAAUUCCAUUACAUUUAUAUGCCACCAUUUGCUUAGCUCUUUCUCACUAGCUGGACACUCACAUUCUACUUUUUUUACUGUCACAAAGUGUUUUUAAUUAGUAUUUUAAUAUGUAUGCAUAUCUGAGAUUUUCUCCAUCUUUGACAUCCUUGACAUAUGUGUUAAGCAGUGAGAUCUCAGGAUCAAAGGGUAUGCAAAUGUUGACACUUUUGAGCCUAAUUCUAAAUGAUUUUUCAUAAUUGUACCAGUUCACAGCUCCACAGAGUAUCACUCUUCUUGUCUUUGUUUAGUCCUUUCCACAUAAACCAUUUUGAUGUGUUCCCAUCGUGGGAGGAUUGCUGGGAAAGAAGUGAAAUCUCAGUGUUGUUUAAUUUCAGUUUCUCUUGGUUAAUGAUUUGGAACAAACCUGAAAACUAUUAAUUUCCAUUUACCAUGUUACCUACUGUUAAAGGCUCUUGGCUUUGGAAUUUGUGUUCAUUCCCUACAUGUUUUGAAAAACAGACUUUUCCCCAUCAACAAUUAUUCUUGUUGUUGACCUUGUCAUAUAAAGGCUUUUCAAUUUUGGGCAAA